AGUGCAUCACAGCAUUGGUUGCAUUCAAUGAGACACUCCUUCACUGCAUCACUACAUCCGUCCACCAACUGGUCCCCCAGUGAUGUCUUCGCCCCCAUUCACUCCAUUGACCCCUGAGUUCGAGUACGCGGAUGAGUGUCUCCAACACCUCAUGCAAAGGGAGACCCGAAGACAGCCCUUCCACUGCAGAUCACCACAACUCGAGUUCCGCAACGAUCUCAUCCAACGAAUCCAAGUGCUGUGCGUAUGUCUGAAGCUGUCAACUCGUGUGAAGUACUUAUCGGUGUAUAUAUUGGACUACUUUAUGGACAAUCAUGUCAUCAAUGAAGACGUGUUGGAACUGAUAGUGAUGUGCAGUCUGGCGAUCGCAGUGAAGGUGGAGGAGUGCGACCGGACUCUCAAAUACAGUCAUAUGUUUUCGGACGCCAAUCAGUACUCGGCUGAAGAGGUGCUGUCGAUGGAGGCAAUGAUUCUUCGGUUCUUCGACUGGCUAUUCCUGACGCCGACGGCCGCCACUUAUAUGGACUACUUCUGCGCCAAAUGUUUGCCUCAACUGUACGCCAAAAAGUCAGUCAAAUUCCUGGUCGACAAGUAUUUGGACAAAUCAUUGGAUCUGCGGUUCUAUUCGUUCAGUCCGUCGGUGAUCGCGGCCUCCACUCUGUACUACACGAGAGAUAAACUCAAUUUAGAGCCCGUUUGGGGCAAAGACAUGCAGAACAUCACCACAUACUCUACGGCUCAGCUCAAGGAUUGUGUCCAUGAAUUAAAAAAGUUUGAUUUCCUAACGAAACCUUCGAAGCGCAUCACAUGUCUUCAUAAAGAGCUCGAUGACAAUGAUUCAGGUUAUGGUGAUUUGGAAACUACCAGUUCUCAACAAUUACUAACAUUUGGUUAA